AUGAUAGCACUCAUCACACGAGCUCAUUUCGUCGGGCGUGUUGCUGCCCUUGCUGCUGCGGGAGCACUGUCCGUCACCAGCACCUCAUCCCCCAAACACCCCUGCGCCGAAAUGGCAGGUUCUUCUGCCCCCGACUACGCCGCGUGGGACUCGGUUGUUAAAGCGCACGUCAAGACCUCAGAGAUACGGGGGAUACCGCUGAACGUGGUUGAUUAUCAAGGGGUCCGAGAUGACCCGAACUUCGAGACCUUCGUCGAGUCGCUCAAGAACGCGCCAACAUCCGGGCUGGGCAAGGACGCUGAAUACGCCUUGUGGAUCAACACCUACAACGCCCUGGCUAUAAAGAUGGUGACAGACAACCCGUGCAAGAAGAGAUUGUUUCGUACCAAGAGGAUAACCAGCAUCAAAGAUAUCGGGAGUGUGGUGGCGCCGGUGUGGAAAAAGCCCGCGGGGGUAGUCGGGGGCGAAACGCUGGCUCUGGAUGACGUCGAGAACGUAAAAUUGCGGGACCCCAAGGACUACCCAGCGGACCCUCUCCUGCACGCAUGCAUCGUGUGCGCUUCCGUUAGCUGCCCGGACGUCGCCCUGACCGCCUACAAGCCCGAGACCCUGCAGGCGGACAUGGAGGCCAACAUGAGACUCUUCCUGACCAACCCCAAGAAGGGCCUAUCGCUCGACAAGGCCAAGGGAGUCAUCAAACUUUCCAAGAUAUUCCAGUGGUUCGAGGGUGACUUUACCACCAAGAUAGGAAAGGACUCUGUCCUCGACGCCCUGCUGCCCUACAUGCCGGAAGACGUCCGCACGUACGUGAGCGAGAACAAGGGCAGCUUGAAGGUGGACCACUUCGAGUACGACUGGGGCGUCAACGGCUCUUCUCCUGGCGCACCUGGGAAGGGUGGAAAAUGCUGAUUUUGGCCGUUUUUUCUCUCGAGCAACGGACAGAAGAGGGUAUUCCCUUGUUCCGCCGCCCAAAACGAAGUACGGUUUAAUUGCACCCAUGGCCGCCUGGCUCUUAUCUUUCACGGGGGCCUGGAGUAUGUCCCAUGCACAGCGACUGGGACUACCCCACGUACAGUGAUGUAGGACCUGGUCCGCACCGGGAUAUAGGCGAUACUGCGCGGCACGCCCGCGCCCUAGUGUUCCCAACUUGCAGUAACCUCUGGUGAGUGUGAAGCGUCAGUGCUCGGGGUCGGGGUUCCUAGAGGGGUCUCCGAGCCAGCAAAGGCUGGCCAGGCCUCUUCUCGGCGGGUUGCUAUGGCGUUCGUGCCCUUUGAUGUAAGCGCUAUUAUAGUCUGCCGGUGUUUGAGUGCGCUUGCUCCCAGUGCCGUGCUCCAUGGGCGCGCGCAAGGUAGCGCGGCGGGGGGGGGUGCGGGAUAGAAGGGGCGCGAGCUCUUGGUGUCAGUUGUGCAUUUGUUGUAGCUGCUGAGCAGCAUGCGUUCUGGUCAGCUACGCCAAGUGGUGUUGGCCACCCCUGGCCGCAGUCCCCUUGCGUCACACAAGACGGUGCUGUCUCCGCCCCCAUGUUUUUGACGCGUAUGCUUUUGAAGUGGGGCGCAAGAACGCAGCCCGGUGCCCGUGUUUUUGAGGAGCCAGAACAUGCCCUGUAUUUGUGUUUUGAAUCUCAACAAACCGUUGGAGGUUGUUCCGCGUUUUCGUACAAUAAGUGUGCCGUAGUGCCGUGGGCUCAAGUCGAUAUUGUUACCGUAAGGUUUGUGGCUUUACAUGUUUGUUGCCGCAUGAUGCGCACGAGAAAGGGACACCCAACCGCAACCGUCACUAGGGUACCUACACAGGCAGGGGGUGGGGGGUGCCUGCUGCCUUCGGCGGGGGCUGCCGCGUUUUGGGAGGAAAACGAUGGGCUGGCUGACGCCCAGCCAUGUGGCACGCGUACAAACCAGGCGUUUGGAUUGCGAUGGCGGGCAAGGAGUAGGUCAAGGGAAGGGGGAGGCCAGGGAUCUUGCCGUAGGUGUAUACUGCGAGCGAUGGCAAGUAGGUAAGAUUGACCUAGCACAAAUCAAACGCUUGAGGUGUGGCUUCGAUGAGGAAGGCACCGAUGUGUGAUCCAUCUGUUUUAUCUGAUGGGAUCUUGGAUUCAGGACUAUAAUAGCAGAGCCGGGAGCGACAAGCGAAACAUCGUGGCUCACGUGCAUGUGCACGGCAGCAUGCAGCCCCUGUUUGUAGAUAAAGAAACAUUUCACGGACUUCACACCCU